AUGGAAGAAACAUACAAAGACAGGACUUCACUAGUGAAAGGGGCAAAAGAUAUUGCCAAAGAGGUGAAGAGACAAGCUGUCAAAAAAGUGAAUAAAGUUGUUGACAAAGCUCAGGAUGGCUACACCCAGCGGUCCUACAACCGAUUCCAGGAUGAGGAAGAUGAUGAUGAUUACUAUGUCCAAGGGGGAAAUUAUGAUGUGGAAGCUAAUGAUGAUGAAGGAUCAAGUGAAGCAACUGAAGGACAUGAUGAAGAUGAUGAAAUUUAUGAGGGGGAAUAUCAGGGAAUCCCCAAUAUGGGACAGGGCAAGGAUGGCAUGGUGGCCUUAGGGCAGCCUAUGCGUGAUGAAUAUAAGGAUCGUCAUGAACUGGAAACAGAGAGGAAAGCUGAUGAAGAAGAGCUAGCACAGCAGUAUGAACUGAUAAUUCAAGAAUGUGGCCAUGGUCGUUUCCAGUGGGCCCUCUUCUUUGUGUUGGGCAUGGCCCUAAUGGCUGAUGGAGUUGAAGUUUUUGUGGUUGGAUUUGUGUUGCCCAGCGCUGAGACAGAUAUGUGUAUACCGAAUUCUGGAUCAGGAUGGCUUGGUAGCAUAGUGUACCUUGGGAUGAUGGUGGGGGCGUUCUUCUGGGGAGGCUUGGCAGACAAGGUGGGAAGGAGACAGUCACUCCUGAUAUGCAUGUCUGUCAAUGGAUUCUUUGCCUUCCUUUCAUCAUUUGUCCAGGGCUAUGGCUUCUUCCUCUUCUGUCGCUUGUUUUCUGGAUUUGGGAUUGGUGGAGCUGUUCCAACAGUCUUCUCCUAUUUUUCGGAAGUGCUUGCUCGGGAGAAACGAGGUGAACACUUGAGUUGGCUCUGUAUGUUUUGGAUGAUUGGUGGUAUCUAUGCAUCUGCAAUGGCUUGGGCAAUAAUUCCUCAUUAUGGCUGGAGUUUCAGCAUGGGCUCUGCCUAUCAGUUCCACAGCUGGCGAGUGUUUGUGAUCGUCUGUGCACUGCCCUGUGUCUCUUCCGUGGUAGCCCUCACCUUCAUGCCAGAAAGUCCUCGGUUCUUGCUGGAGGUUGGAAAACAUGAUGAAGCCUGGAUGAUCCUCAAGCAAAUUCAUGACACAAACAUGCGUGCUCGUGGACAGCCUGAAAAAGUUUUCACAGUUAACAGAAUCAAAACUCCAAAGCAGAUAGAUGAGCUCAUAGAAAUCGAGAGUGAUACAGGAACGUGGUACAGGAGAUGUUUUGUUAGAAUUCGCACAGAGCUAUAUGGUAUUUGGUUGACAUUUAUGAGGUGCUUCAACUACCCGGUGAAGGAUAAUACAAUCAAACUUACAGCUGUAUGGUUCACCCUGUCUUUCGGCUACUAUGGCUUAUCUGUGUGGUUUCCUGAUGUCAUUAAACAUCUGCAGUCAGACGAGUAUGCAUCCCGAGUGAAACAUUUUCGAAAUGAGGAGGUCUCCCAUUUUGUCUUCAACUUCACAUUGGAAAAUCAAAUUCACAGCAAUGGAGAAUACAUCAAUGACAGGUUUAUUAUGAUGAAGUUUAAAUCAGUAACCUUUGAAGAUUCCCUUUUUAAGAACUGUGUGUUUGAAGACAUCACUUCACUGAACACUUACUUCAGGAACUGUACUUUUGUGAAUACCACCUUCUACAACACAGAUCUCGAGCAAUAUAAAUUUGUUGACAGUGAAUUUAUAAAUUGCACAUUUUUCCACGUCAGGACAGGAUGCCAGAUCUCUUUUGAUGACGACUACAGUGCCUACUGGAUUUACUUUGUUAAUUUCCUGGGAACGCUGGCGGUGCUGCCAGGAAACAUUGUGUCUGCUCUUCUGAUGGACAGAAUUGGGCGUUUGACAAUGCUAGGUGGUUCCAUGGUUCUUUCUGGCAUAAGCUGUUUUUUCCUGUGGUUUGGGACUAGCGAAUCCAUGAUGAUAGGUAUGCUUUGCCUCUACAACGGUCUCACCAUCUCAGCGUGGAACUCCCUUGAUGUCAUUACCGUGGAACUGUAUCCUACAGACAGAAGGGCAACAGGCUUUGGCUUUUUGAAUGCACUAUGCAAAGCAGCAUCUGUACUUGGAAACUUAAUAUUUGGUUCCCUUGUUGGUAUAACCAAAGCAAUCCCUAUUCUCCUUGCUUCUACUGUUCUAGUAUGUGGAGGUCUGGUGGGACUUCGGCUUCCUGACACAAGAACCCAGGUGUUGAUGUAA